GCGCGGCGGGCCCGGCAUGGCGGCGGCGCGGCGGGCCCGGCUCCCGGCCCAGCUUCUCCUGCUCUUCGUGGCGCAGGUUUACUGUGAGUAUGGCAUGGUACAUGUCCUUUCAGAGAAGGGAAGCAGCAAAGGAAAAGACUACUGUAUCCUCUUCAAUUCUCAGUGGGCCCAUCUGCCACAUGAUCUGGGUAAAGCUUCCCUCUUGCAACUGCAGGAUCAGACAGCAUCUGUUUUGUGUUCUCCUUCUGAUGUACCUGAUGGGGGAUUUAAUAAUCAAAUCCCCAUGGUGAUGCGAGGGAAUUGCACCUUCUAUGAGAAAGUGAGGCUUGCUCAGAUAAAUGGAGCUCGUGGCCUGCUGAUAGUUAGUAGAGAGAGACUGGUUCCUCCUGGGGGUAACAGGAGUCAAUACGAAGAGAUUGAUAUUCCUGUGGCUCUGCUCAGUUACACUGAUAUGUUAGAUAUUGGCAAGAGUUUCGGCAGGUCAGUGAAGGGGGCAUUGUAUGCUCCAAAUGAGCCUGUGUUAGACUACAACAUGGUGAUUAUAUUUGUCAUGGCCGUGGGGACUGUUGCAAUUGGAGGCUACUGGGCAGGAAGCAGAGAUGUGAAAAAGCGAUACAUGAAGCACAAACGUGAUGAUGGGGCAGAGAAACAUGAUGAUGAAACUGUUGAUGUGACUCCAAUAAUGAUUGGUGUAUUUGUAGUGAUGUGCUGCUCAAUGCUGGUCCUACUUUAUUUCUUCUACGACCACUUAGUCUAUGUUAUCAUAGGUAUAUUCUGCCUGGCUGCCUCAAUUGGUCUUUACAGUUGUCUGUCUCCCUUUGUAAGAAGAUUCCCAUUGGGAAAAUGCAGAAUCCCAGACAACAACUUGCCUUAUUUUCACAAGCGUCCACAGGUCCGAAUGUUGCUUUUGGCAGUAUUUUGUAUCUCUGUCAGCGUAGUCUGGGGAAUCUUCAGAAAUGAAGAUCAGUGGGCCUGGAUUCUACAAGAUGCUUUAGGAAUUGCUUUCUGUCUUUACAUGUUGAAAACAAUUCGCCUGCCAACAUUUAAGGGUUGUACCUUGCUCCUCCUGGUUCUUUUUGUGUAUGAUGUGUUUUUUGUAUUUAUCACACCUUUUCUAACAAAGACUGGAGAGAGUAUAAUGGUGGAGGUGGCUGCAGGCCCGUCUGAUUCUGCCACUCAUGAAAAGCUCCCAAUGGUCCUGAAGGUUCCAAGACUGAACUCCUCACCACUGGCUCUUUGUGACAGGCCUUUUUCUCUCCUAGGAUUUGGAGACAUUUUAGUUCCAGGCUUACUGGUGGCCUAUUGCCAUAGAUUUGAUAUUCAGGUGCAAUCCUCCAGAGUCUAUUUUGUAGCCUGCACAAUAGCCUAUGGCAUAGGCCUUCUCGUAACCUUUGUAGCCUUGGCAUUGAUGCAGAUGGGCCAGCCAGCUCUCCUCUACUUGGUGCCCUGUACACUUAUCACAAGCUUUGCUGUGGCUCUUUGGAGAAAGGAGCUUGCAAUGUUCUGGACGGGCAGCGGCUUUGCGAAAGACCUACCUCAGCCUCCCUUGGUGAUAGCUCCUGUCAGCUGCCAUGAGCUUCCCAAAGAUACCAGCGUACCAGCCUCUCAACAAGACGCAGAGCAAAUGACUAAUCCUACCCUCCACGUGGAGGAGCUGCAUGAUCCCACCUUGGCUGUGGAGGAGCUGGCCGAUACCAACACACAGACAGAACAGUCAGAAACCUCUGCCUCACCGAGUGAGGAACCAGCCAGUCAGAACAAGGACGACCUUGAAAGCAAAAGCCUAAACCCAGAGCAAAACCAGCUGGAAUAAAUGAUGUGAUA